AUGUUAUAUUUUUUUAAAAUGACGUGGCAACUGUGGCCAGUUUACGACCCGUCAUCCACAUGUCACUCCUGUGUUUCCUCUCCCCCGCUACGGAAAUAAUAAAACAGUAAAAUCCUCAUGCUAACCCGCCGACGUCUGCGUGAUUCUUUUCUGGAUACAAUUUCUAGAUGAACUCAGCAAACAUGGGAAGCCAGAUGCCAAAAAUCUAUCACGAGAAGCAAAUAUUGCAGUUCUGCCUUCUACACUCCCUCAAUAAUCUCUUUCAGCAAGAAAAUGCUUUUACACGGGCAAGUUUGAAUGUCAUUGCUGAGAAACUUGUUCUCGACGACCCUGACAAGCAAGCCUGGACGCCAUUAUCAGUUGUUUUUAAGCCUCACCAUAACGCAUUAACUGGAAAUUAUGAUAUUAAUGUUCUUAUUGCGGCUCUGAAAGGGAGAGGGAAGAGUGUAGUAUGGCAUGAUCGUCGAAAUGAGGCGUCAUCCAUUGAUCUCGAUGGCUCUGCAAAUAAUUUGAUGGGUAUUGUGAUUAAUAUUCCUGUUACACGUUAUGGUGGGCUUUGGAAGAGUAGGCAUUGGGUUACACUGAGAAAGAUUGAUGGGGUUUGGUAUAAUUUAGAUAGCGAUUUAAAAGCUCCCUAUUGUUUUAAAGAUACUGAAGAAGUUGGAGAGUUCUUGGAUUACAUUAUUGGUGUUGGUGGAGAAGUUUUGCUGGUCCAGAAUGAUGAAGAAAUCAUAGAUAAUCAUAACCCUCUUUGCUUCUCACAUUUUGAGCUUCCUGUUAUAGCCCUUUCUUCUAUAUAUGUGUCAAGGUCUUCACAUUUUGGCCCAUCUUCUCUCAACUGCUGUAUCACUCUUUGCCUCUUCUGCAGAUCUAUCUCAGUUACCAGCUGCUGUCUAUUGAAAAUGUCAACAAGAGAGAGUAACAAAGUUAGUAGCAGACCAGCUGUUAACAAAGAGAUUAUAUCCCAGAAACAAAAAUCUACUUGCACAGUUGUUGAGAAUAAGAGGCAGGCUACUGGCUCUUUUGCAACAAGGAGGAGUAACCGAGAAGGCUGUUGUUGCAUACCAGGUAUUAGCAAGGAAGCUUUAAUUUACAAACGAAACUGUGUCAGUAAAGUUGCUGGUAACAAGAGAUGGGCUGCUGGGAGCUGUGGAAUCAGGCUACCAAAAAGAUCAGAGCUUUCGCUGGUUAGAUUUCUCGAGCAUCUGGGCAGUAAGAUAGCAAAAGGUCUAUGUUUUUCAUCUUUGAGGAAGAGACGUUCGCCUGCUGCAGUUUCUUCAUCAGGAAGAUCAAAGCAGUCUGUCAUUCCUGUUGAUUCCCAUAGAACUGAAGCCAUUGAGGAUUGCAUCGAGUUCAUCAACUCCUCUUCUUCCUUGCCGCGAUCAAACUCUGUUUCUGCUAACGCUUCUUAAAUUUUAUUGCAGCAUCACAGUAUUUAUGUAAAAAUCUUCUUCUGAGGUGCAACCUUGCAUCAAACGAAAGAUUUAAAACAUCUUGUAUAGUUUGCUUUAGUUAUCACCAAGUCUUAAAUAUGUUUCUUUCUUUAAUAAACUCAUCAGAAUAUGAAAGCAAUAAACCAGAAUAAAAAUGGAACACUGUUCUUCA